AUGCAGGCAUUGAUCGAGGAGAGCUUCCGUCCCGUCGACCUCGCCCUUGGGCCCCCAGAAAACGCGAUUGCCCUCUGCGGCGCGCACAAGCAGGAAAAGUGCGCGGGAUGUAACGUCGACUACCGCAGCCUCAACCGCCUCUCUCGCAUCCUCGUGGCGAACCCCAACCUCCGCUGUCCCCCACCCCCGCAAGUCGUCUCGCAGCAGCUGUCCACAGCGAUCAACAACACGAAGGAUGAGGGAAACACGUUGUUCAAGAGUGGCCAGCACGUGCUCGCCAUCCAGCGGUACACGAUGGCCGCGAGCAUCGCCGUGCAGCGACCACCAUGGGAGGCACAGCAGUUGAUGCGUGAAGAGCUCUCCAUGGUCCUCUCCAACCGCUCCGCCGCCUUCUACGAAGCCGGCGACUACCUCAGUGCGCUGGUCGAUGCCGAGACCGUCAUCCAGCUCAAGCGGCCAUGGAGCAAGGGUCACUUCCGGAAAGCCCGUGCGCUCAUAAAGAUGAACCAAUACGCCGAGGCGAAAGAGGCGAUCCAGCUCGGGCUCUCGUUCGAGCCAAACAACCAGGUG